AAAAUAGAAAUGUGAAUUGGGUGGUGCUAGCUUUCAAUGACUAUGCAUAAUGCAAGAAACAUCAGUGUUAUUUUUGCACAGUGGCUACAUAUACAGUCGAACCCCGCUACAACGAACGUCGCUUCAACGAAAUUUUCGCUUCAACGAAAUAUUUCCAAUUCCCCGUCAGCUCGCUAUACAAAGUAAUGGAACAAAUUUCUCAUCACAACGAACCAUUUUUGGGGCGCGUUUCCGCUUCAACGAAAUUUUUGCUAUGCGAAGCUCGAUUUAAAAAUAUAUCUUACAAUAAAACAAGCAUAUCGCCGCCCAUCUAUGUACUUCCAUAGGCCCACGCUGCUUUGUUUCGCUAAACAUUCGCUGGACCAAACUAAUCCACUCACUGAAACGCACAUGAUCACCGCCAUAGCUUGGUGUUGAUGACUAUCGGGCUGGCUGCCUUGCGACAAGGCGCGGGGGCAAGCUCCCGUUUUCUUCCAAUCCAAUUCAGAGCCGCAACCAAUCCGUUGCCAAAGGACGCAGCAGCCUGGCAACAGCAGCGCGUUUGCCCUAGUUUUUUUCACUCGUGCUUGUGCUGCUAGUGCGCUGUAAUGAAUGCGAGCAUGGCGACUUCAUCUAGAAAGCGGAAGUUCCUCUCGCUUGAAGAGAAGGCACGGAUUAUCAGCGCGGCAUCCAGUGGCAGGAAAAAGGGAGAUGUUGCAGCGGACUUCGGCAUCUCACAGAGCACGCUGUCAACGAUCUUGAAGUCGAAAGACGCGAUAGCGCAAGCUCUUUCUUCGGGGACAUCCGCGAAGCGGAAAAAGCUGACGCAAGCGGCUCAUGAGGACCUUGAGAAGGCUCUGUACACGUGGUUCCUCGACGUGCGCGCAAAGAAGAUGCCGGUCAGCGGAAACAUGUUGCAGCAAAAGGCACUUGGCUAUGCCUGUAUGCUGGGCAUCAAUGAUUUCAGAGCCAGCUCAGGGUGGCUGACCCGUUUUAAGGCCAGGCAUGAAAUCGUCGCUAAAGUGCUGUGUGGGGAGUCGGCCUCAUCAGACGCCGACGCUGCAUCUGCUUGGGCAUCAGCUACUGUGCCGGAAUUAAUGGAGAAAUAUGCCACAUCAGACAUAUACAAUGCCGAUGAAACGGGACUUUUCUUCGAGCUCCUCCCCUCCAAGACGCUUCACAUGAAGGGCCAGCCAUGCAGCGGAGGGAAGCAUAGCAAAAAGCGUGUGACUGUGCUCCUGUGCUGCAACAUGGACGGGUCUGACAAGCGCUGCCCACUGGUGAUAGGCAAAAGUGCGAAGCCGCGGUGCUUCAAAGGUGGCAAGAGCCUGCCCGUCAAAUAUGUUGCCAAUAAGAAGUCUUGGAUGACACGGGCCGUUUUCAAAGAUUGGCUAACCGCUUUCGACCGUGACAUGACGGCAAAGAAACGUAAGGUUUGUUUGCUCAUCGACAAUUGCUCAGCGCAUAACGUUGAAGACGUUCAGCUUCAAAGCGUGGAAGUAAGAUUCUUCCCGCCGAAUUGCACGGCUUUAAUCCAGCCGCUGGAUCAAGGUAUCAUCAAUAGCGUUAAAAGCGCUUAUCGACAGCGACUGAUUCAGCGGCUGGUGUUAAACAUCGACACCGGUCGGGCAAUCGAAGUGGAUUUGUACAUGGCUGUACAGAUGGUCUCAGCAGCGUGGACGGCAACCAGUCGCAGUAUCAUCUACAACUGUUUUGUGCACGCCGGCUUUCACUCCGAUGCUCAACUGGCAGCGAACUCCACGUCGGACGAGGAAGGCUGCAGUACAAUUGCUCCACCCUCCACAGAGGCCAAUGCGGCAUGGGCAGCCCUUCAGGACUCCGGAGAUGUGCCGGCCGAUGUUCACAUCGGCGACUACAUCGCUGUUGACAGUGAAGUGCUAGCUCACGAGGAGCUGAGUGACGAAGCUAUAAUUGAGGGCGUUCGCCACAACGACGCAUCAUCGGAUGAUGACAGCGACGCGGAGGACUUAGCGCCACCACCUGCAAUAAAAGUGAUGGAUGCUUUUGAUGUGAUCCGCAGAUUUUUCGGUGCUCACGAUGACGACGUCGCGAUGCAACUGUUCACCGAGUGCGAAAGCCGCGCCACUGCACUCGUGGCAAAAAAAAAGAAGCAGAAGAAGCUGACCGACUUCUUUGGAAAUAAAUGAUGUUUUGGGACUAUGUGGUCCAACCUGACAGUGUUUUUGGCCUGUUUUCGCCUCAACGAAAUUUCGCUUUAACGAAAUUUUUCGCGCGCCCCGUCAGUUUCGUUGUAGCGAGGUUCA